AUGUCGGAAACAAUAACCGAUGUGGAAAGUAGAAGCGAGAGAAAGACUAAGAAACUGCUCCACCCUUUGGUGUUCACAAUAAUCAUUUGUGCGCUGAUACCUUUAGCCAUCUUCGUAUUUGGUGCUAUACUGAAUCGAGCUGAAAGCUACGCUAAAGAAGAUUUGACAACUGUUGUGGAACAAGGUGAAAGGUUGAAAAGAUCAUUUGACCUCGAAGCCAUUCAGAAACUCCAACUACCUAUUUAUAUCUAUAAGUUCCACGAUAGCAACCUCCUUUAUUUGGAAGAAAGUGAGAUGAAAUCUUUGUCGCUGGACACUAUGAAGACCCAGACACUGGGUACUGUGAAGACCGAUGAGAUUCAGGAAGCACUAUCGGAAUAUUACCGAGGCGAACCAUCCCACAAUCUGCAGUAUUUUGUGUACAGAAAGCCACUUAACAACGAGGUUGAUUCCAAAUUCAACAAGUCAUUCUCAAUGCUGAUAUAUGACACAAAGAACUCAAAACUACACAAAGUCGGAGUCAAUAAAACAGGACAAGAAUGUCAAAAACUCUUUUUGUGGAGUUCCACUGGAGAUGACUACGUAUUUUGGCAAGAUGACCAUUUAUACUAUUCGGAAUCACCAACAUCGGAUAAGGUCGUACGAAUCACUGAAGAUACUCCGAGCUGGGUGCAUGGAAUACUGGAUUGGCUGUACAUGGAAGAAAUUUAUGAUCGAAAUGAUGAGGCAGUGUACUGGUCUCUGAAAGGAGACAACAUAGCAUUCCUCAGUUACAAACAAAAUCCGCGCGCAAAAGGAGUGUUUAUGAUAAGCUAUGCUAAAGGCGUCAAAUACCCAAAAGUUGUAGAAUUGAAGUAUCCUAAAACUUAUGAAGAAGUACUGCCCAGAUAUGUCGUUACUGUUUGGAAUAAAAGAAGUAGGGAACUGAAACAGAUAGACCCUCCGUUGAGAAAAAGAGUUGAGUAUCAUUAUAUCUUUCGAUCAAAAUGGAUAAUCAUGGAAGAGAAAGAAUACCUCGUUGUGACCUAUGCUAACAGACUUCAAACUGCUAUUUCGAUCAUAAUCUGUGAUGUUGAAGCGGGAAUUUGCAAACUGGUCUACGAAUAUAAGUACCCAAACAAAACAUACGCCGAACCCAGUGAUUUUGACAGCAUUCACAGCAACGAUUCACUGUACAUUCUGUUACCGCACCCUAUGAGCGACGGAAACAGCUAUCAACAUAUAGCAAAACUAAAAAUUAAGGGUUCAUCUGAUGUACAGUGGGCUGAGGUGAAUUUCCUUUCGCUAGGAAAUUUCGACGUCGACAAGCUAGUGGCAUACGAUAAAGCAACAGACACUGUCUAUUUCAAGGCAAUGGCCCCAAAUCCUAGAAAUUUGCAUAUGUACUCUACGAAAGGCACACCGAGCGGUAGUGAAGUCUGGAAGUGUGCAACAUGCCGAUUUCCCAAUUGCACUUAUCAAAGUGUCUUACUUGAUUCAAACUUCACAUAUGCUACAGUAGCAUGCAAGGGACCUGCUCCUCAACAUUAUUAUUCUGGCGUGAUUGAGCAGGGAAAAGUCGAAAAAUGGAAUAAAAUGUUCAAUACAAUGACGUUUCAAAAAAGCUUGGAGGAAGUAUCAUUGCCACAAGUAUUGACUGAAACAGUUGCCUUGGGGAAUGGUUACGAAGCAUUGGUUAAAAUUGUUCUACCGCCUGAUCCAUCACUUCGGUCAAGAUCCAGAUCGUUACCGGUGCUACUUUAUGUUUACGCCGGUCCCGGUCCGUUGGUGGCUACUGAUUCGUACAUAAGUGGUAAUGUCCUACGUUUUCUUUAUGAAGGCUACGCUGUUGUAACUAUUGACGGCAGAGGAACCACUGGGCGUGGUUGGAAAUAUCGAAGUGCACUAUACGGAGCGUUUGGUACAGUUGAGAUUGACGAUCAACUGAGCGCGUUACGAAAAGUUCUAAUGGGACAUCCAUAUCUAGAUGCUAGCCGCCUUACUGUAUAUGGUUGGUCCUACGGCGGCUAUGCUUCUGCACUGUUAUCAGAGCGAGCUCGUCCAGGUUUUUUCAAAUGCGCUAUUUCCAUUGCACCCGUCGCGAAUUUUCUUUAUUACGAUGCAACAUACACAGAACGCUACAUGGGCAUUCAAGCCUCUAGUGCUUUUUAUGAAAACGACAUUACUAUGAACGUUGCGAACUUUAAGGAAACUCGCUUAUUACUCGUACAUGGAUUAUAUGACGAAAAUGUGCAUUUUCAAAACAGUGCAUUGUUUAUGAAAGCAUUACAAAGAGAAGCUAUCGACUUUGAUUUGAUGGUAUAUCCAAACAAGGAUCACGGAAUAAAUCACAGGCAUCUUGAGAUGAAAACAUCGUUAUUUCUAGAAAAGUGCGCUAAACGCUGAAU